AUGGAAUCUCUCACAAAGUCCACUAAGCACUUGGAGAAACUCAAACUCCAAAUUCAUAUGAAAAAAUUGCCAGAAUGGUUUGCUUCUCUUGAUUGCCUUCACACAUUGUACCUUUUCAAGAACUUCUUGACAGAAGAUCCAUUUCCUAUUCUUGGAAAGCUUCCAAGCCUAGCUAUUCUAACAUUAGCAUCUUCAGCUUACAUAAACAGCACUGUUAACGUCCCUCGCGGAGGAUUUCCUAAGCUCAAACUGUUGAGGAUUCUUGGCAUGGAAAAUUGGACCAAUUGGAUGCCUAUUGAGAAAGGUUCUUUUCCAGAAAUACAGUUUCUUCUAAUAGCUGAUUGUCCGAGGCUAACAAGCCUACCAGAUGGCUUCAAUCACCUUACUAGCCUUGAUGAUCUCACCCUUAUGGGCACGUCACUCGUUUUCGCUCAUAAAUUGCAGAACAGAGAUAAGUGGAAAAUCAGCCAUGCCAAGGAAGUUUCAAUCAUUUCAGAAGUCAAUGGCCAAAUUGUCAAGACAAAAUUCAAGAGUUCUCCCAUUAGCUAG